UGGACCCGAAUAGUAGGCUGUUUAAUUUGGGUACGUUUUUCAUCCGGCCGUGAAAAGACUGCCCCCUAUAGCGAACAGGUUAACCGUCUGUCUGACUUUGUCAUUCACACAGGAGAGAGGCGGGACAGUCGUGGAUCCUCUGGGGAGCCUCAACAACAUCAUGAUGCUGACGAGGCAGAGAAGAGUCUCUCCAGAUCAGAACUCCUCAAGAAACACCAGCAGAGACCCAUAGGGAAGAUAUCUCACUGCUGCUCUGACUGUGGGAAGAGAUUCACCUCAUCAGGCAUUAAAAUUCAUCAGAGAAUCCACACAGGAGAGAAAUCUUUUAGCUGUACUCAAUGUGGGAUGAGUUUUACUGACUCUAGCAGUCUGACUAAACACCAGAGAAUACACACAGUAGAUAAACCUUAUAGCUGUAGUCAAUGUGGGAAGAGUUUUGUAAAAUCUAGAGAUCUGACAGUGCACCAGAGAAUACACACAGGAGAGAAAUCUUAUAGCUGUGGUCAAUGUGAGAAAAGUUUUGGUCAAUCUAGCCAUCUGACAGUGCACCAGAGAAGACACACAGGAGAGAAACCUUAUAGCUGUACUCAAUGUGGGAAGAGUUUUGUUCAAUCUAGCCAGCUCUCAUUACACAAGAGAACACACACAGGAGAGAAACCUUAUAGCUGUGAUCAAUGUGGGAAAAGCUUUACUAACUCUAGCAGUCUGACUCUACACCAGAGAAUACACACAGGAGAAAAACCUUAUAGCUGUGGUCAAUGUGGGAAGAGUUUUGUUCAAUUUGGCCAGCUGACUCGACACCAGAGAAUACACACAGGAGAGAAAUCGUAUAGCUGUGAUAAAUGUGGGAAGAGUUUUACUAACUCUAGCAGUCUUACUAAACACCAGAGAAUACACACAGGAGAAAAAUCCUAUAGCUGUGGUCAAUGUGGGAAGAGUUUUGUUAAAUCUACAGAUCUGACAGUGCACCAGAGAAUACACACAGGAGAGAAAUCUUAUAGCUGUGAUCAAUGUGGAAAGAGUUUUCCUGCAUCUGGCAAUCUGACUCGACACCAGAGAACACAUACAGGAGAGAAAGCUUAUAGCUGUGAUCAAUGUGGAAAGAGUUUUGCUGCGUCUGGCAAUCUGACUAGACACCAGCGAGUACACACAGGAGAGAAACCAUUCCACUGUUCAGAUUGUGGAAAAAGAUUCUCAACUUCACAGAAUUUGAAGAUGCACCAGAAAACACACACAGGAGAUAAACCUUAUAGCUGUGGUCAAUGUGGGAAGAGCUUUAUUACAUCUAGCCAUCUGACACGACACCAGAGAACACACACAGGAGAUAAACCUUAUAGCUGUGGUCAAUGUGAAAAGAGUUUUACUGACUCUACCAGUCUGACUAAACACCAGAGAAUACACACAGGAGAUAAACCUUAUAGCUGUGGUCAAUGUGGGAAGAGUUAUGUUUCAUCUAGCGGUCUGACAGUACACCAGAGAACACACAGAGGAGAGAAAUCU